ACAGGACAUCACAAAGAGUAACUUCAAUUCAAUUCUUUGCAUUGUAAUAUUUAUCUGUCAACUGUGUGUUUGAAUGGAAAAUAAGAUAUUUAAUUUGCAUAAACAAAGUAAUUAAGUGAUAUAGAGCGAGCAACCAAAGUUAAAAGAAGUAGUAAUAGUACUGUUUUUACGACAUUACUAAAUUAACCAUUCAAGUGGUGUUGUUCUUUCAUCUACAAAUGUAUUAUCACAAUAUUGUUUUUUAUUCAAAUUUAAGUUUUCUUCGAAUCGUUUCUUAAAAUAAUGAAACCAUACAGCACGUGACGCCAAAAUUCUGUUCUUUUUUCACUAAACAACAUUAAAACUCUUCUUAAAUGUUAACUUUAUGUCACAACUAUUUUCUAGUAACUCCUAAUUCUAAGAACAAUAAAGAUGUUGUCCAGCAUCAAAGUAAAAAGAAGUUUGUGUUUGGUGUUUUUAUUUUAUUCUUAGUUUCUGUUUUGUGGGUGGUGUCAUCAGAAUUUACAAAGUAUUUGUACAUUGAGAAGAAACUUGAAAGGCCUUUUCUUGUGACAUAUGUACGCAGUUCACUAUUGUUUAUAUAUUUGAUUGUGCUUUGCUUCUCACCGCCUACAAGAGACCCAUGCCGACCAGCUGACUAUACGCAACUAUUGGAGCCUACAGCCGAAACAGAUGAUGAAAAUUAUUACAAUGAAGCAACUAGUAGUUUGGGAGACUCCACCUUUGUGCCAGUCCGGGCAGGUGAAACUACGGAUAGUGAUGAUGCGGCCCCCAGAGCGGUUCGAUUCAAUAAAGUUGCAGAGGUGCGCGUGAUGUCUGCAGCGAUGGCAGGCGAGGCGCUGCUGGCGAGAUUGUCGUGGUCUGCUUCGCUGCGGGCCUCCGAGCAUGCGCAGCGCCGCGCAGCCGCUGCUGCUACUAAGCGACAUUUACGGCUAGCAGUGCUGUUCUCUGUACCCUGGUUCAUAUCGAACUAUUUGUACCGAGUGAGUCUACUACACACGUCCGCGAGCUCUGCCAUCACGUACACGUCGACAGCGAGUGGGUUCGCGCUGUCAUUCGGUGCGGUGUUCGCGCAAGUGCCCACAGACAGGUUCAACGUGUCCAAGUCUAUUGCAGUACUUUGUACUGCAGCGGGACUUGUGGUGUUAGGGUUGUCGGAGAGCCGGACAGGGAACUGGACGGGCGUGCUGGCCGCGCUGGGCGCCUCGCUCUGCUACGCAGUGCAUCUCCUCCUCUUCCGACACGAGCUGAGGAAAGGAGACGGCAUCAACUCUGUACUACUCAUUGGGGUGGUUGGGAGCGCUUGCGGCUGCCUCGCGUGGGCGAUGGGUGGAGUGCUGGUGGCCACCGGUCUCGAGACCGCAGAUCUGCCCACACCAAACCUCUGGACGUGGCUGUUAUUGGACGCGGUUCUGGGACCUCUGCUACUAGACUCACUCUGGAUUUGGGGCAGAUCUCUGACGUCAAAUAAGAUGGCGAGCGGCAUGCUGGCGCUGAGCGUGCCGCUGGGAGCGUGCGUGGAGGCGUGGCGCGGGGCGGCGGGCGGGGCGGGGGGCGCGGCGUGCCGGCUCGCGGCCGCGCUGCUGGCGGCGGCGGGCUGGGCCGCACUCGACCUGCCCCAUCUGCCCGCUCUGCCGCACCUCGCUACAAGACUCCGCCCUACAGAUGCAUUCUCGAGUAUAAGAAACAUAGCGGAGCUUGAUGAACAGUCAGAAGCACUGAUGUCUUCGGAGGAGCCGACGUAACGUUCUGCGGUACUGAAUGUUUGUCACAAGCAUGUUUAACGCAACACAACUAUUUCGUUAUUCCUAUACAUGUCACGAUGUAACAUGCCCGUUUUAAUAAUUUUAUUUUACACAGAGUAAAAAUUAAACCCCAGUCUAUGGUAGUAUUAACUAGUAACGCAGUCGACACAGCUGAUCCUUUCAGCCGGAUAUUAAAAAAAAAAUUAUUUUUGCGAACAUAGCGCGAAUUAAAGAAGCAAUUUACUUAACUGUCAAAAUUAAAAAUUUCAUAUUAGAUUCAAGAAUGUGGUUUUUCAGUUUUUUAAAUAAAAUUCAUUUGUAACAAUAUUAAAACUGGCCUGUUAUUUCGUGACCACUCUAGUCUAAUACAAAAUCUAGCAUUUACGUAAACAAUAAAAUAAGAGAAAAUGGCGCCCUAUCUGUGAAUAUUCUACACGAGAUUUAUUUUGCUUGGCACAAUCUUAGUUUAGUGAAUACAUCCAGAUAGGUAACCAAUUGUUAACCAUUAACGUAAAAAUAAUCAUUCCAAUACAUUUUAUUCUUUAUAUCUUUAUUUUACGUAUAUUGUUUAAUAU